GCGUAUGAGGCCGCGGAGCCAACUGGAGCCAGCGCGAGAGAGCCUCUACCGCACUACGGCCCGCCGACGCAGCGUCGCGUCCGCUCAUUCAUCACGCGUUCUCCCCGCGGACGGUGUGUCUUCCUGGUUUCUUAUAACCCUCGUCCGCCGACGACACGUCGUCUUCGUCCCCAGUCAGGCAGGCCGUGCGCUUCGACCAGCAGGGAAACGCGAAAGAGAGUGAGAGAGGGAGAGAGAGACACACACACACACACGGAGCAGACCGAAAAAGAGGAGAAAAAAAGAAGAGUGAGAAAUUCCGAUCAGCAUGAGAUCCAUCGGUGUAUUUUGUUUGGCGGCUCUCUGCCUGGCCGCGACCUCCCUCGCCAAGAUCGACGUCGAGGACGGGGUCCUCGUGGUCACCAAGGACAACUUUGACAGCGUCAUCCAGGACAACGACUAUGUGCUCCUCGAGUUCUAUGCCCCUUGGUGCGGACACUGCAAAGCAUUGGCACCCGAAUACGCUAAGGCGGCAAAGAAAUUGGAGGAGACUAACUCGCCGAUCAAAUUGGGCAAGAUAGACGCGACAGUCGAGUCGGCGCUCACUGAGAAACACAUGGUCAGAGGAUACCCCACUCUCAAGUUUUACCGUAAAGGCACCCCGAUCGAGUAUACCGGUGGCCGUCAGGCCGAGGAGAUUGUAAACUGGCUGCUCAAGAAGACUGGCCCGCCUGCCAAAGACCUGCCCACGGUCGACGAAGCUAAGGCACUUCUCGACGCGCACAAAGUCGUCGUCGUCGGAUUCUUCAAGGACGUUGAGAGUGAAGCCGCCAAGGUGUUCUUGGAAGUUGGUAGCGCGAUGGACGAUCAUAUAUUCGGUAUUACGAGCGCCGACGAAGUUUUCAGCGAGUACGGAAUUGAAGAUGGAAAGAUCGUGUUAUUUAAGAAGUUCGACGAAGGUAAGGCUGUCUUUGACGGAGAGCUUACGGCCACAUCUGUGCAGAACUUCAUCACCGUGUAUUCGUUGCCUCUGGUUGUCGAAUUCAACCAGGACUCGGCGCAGAAGAUCUUCAGCGGGGACAUCAAGAGCCACUUGUUGGUUUUCCUCAGUAAGGAGGCCGGCCACUUUGAGAAAUACGUCGAAGGAAUUCACGAGCCGGCGAAGAAAUACCGUGGCGAGGUUCUGUUUGUGACAAUCGACUGUGAUGAAACCGAUCACGAGCGUAUCUUAGAAUUCUUCGGUCUGAAGAAGGACGAUGUACCCGCUAUGCGGCUUAUCAAGCUCGAACAGGACAUGGCUAAGUACAAGCCCGAUAAUCCAGAGCUUACCAACGAGAAUGUCCUGGAAUUCGUCACCGCUUUCAUGGAGGGCAAGCUGAAGCGACACUUGCUUACGCAAGACCUGCCGGAGGACUGGGACAAGAGCCCGGUUAAGGUUCUCGUCGGCACGAACUUCCACGAGAUUGCCUUCAACAAGGAGAAGGAUGUUCUCGUUGAAUUCUACGCACCUUGGUGCGGUCACUGUCAGCAGCUAGCGCCCAUUUACGACCAACUUGGCGAAAAGUACAAGGACAACGACAAGCUGGUGAUCGCGAAGAUGGAUGCCACCGCUAACGAGUUGGAGGACAUAAAGAUCACCAGCUUCCCCACGCUCACGCUCUACAAGAAGGAGACGAAUGAGGCUGUGGAAUACAGCGGCGAGAGGUCGCUCGAAGGUCUUUCCAAAUUUAUCGAAAGCGGCGGAGUGUAUGGCGAAACUCCAGAAGAGGCUCAGGAAGAGGACGAGGACGAUGAUGUGCCAAGGAAGGACGAGUUGUAAACGCGCACAUAAUCAUUAUUAUAAGAAGUAAAAUCAACACUGACUCGUCUGUUGUAUUUCCUGCAUCCAGUCAAUGAAACUCCACAAUUUCCCGCUUUACAGAAAUAAUUCUAAUUUCUUAUAAAGAUAACAACAACAACAAAAAGAGUACUCGAUGGUGCAUCCUCAUACAUUUGUUACUUUAGGAAUUAAUUUUAGAUAAUUGUCGCAGUGUACAAUUUGUAAUUAAGAAUUCGCGCUCGCGGUUUUCCGCAGGGGUUAUCGUCGCACAGGUCAAGUGGCGUACUUCCGUGAUACAUAGAGCCAUUUUAUCUUGAUAGCGAAAGUGCAAGUUAUGUGAACAGAGAAUUAGACUCUACAAUUGUACUUGAGGCGUUUAAUGCGUUAAUUUUAAUGCGAUAAUAACACGAAUAUCAGAAAUAUGAAUUCACAUUUCUAAUAUGAUUACGCCCUUUUGUGUUACGUAUGCCGACUUGACGUGACUUUUCCGCCCUUCGAAAACUGCGGCGUUUAACGAUCAUGGUUUCGCGCGUUUAUCAUUCCCCGUUGUGAAACGUGGGAGGGGAAGGUGAAUCAUUAAAUCUAAGAAUGUUUUGAAGUUA